CUUUGGUACGAACCCCUCCAGGUUUUCUCCUCGUGACCGGAAAAAUUCGAGUUAUUUCCUCCUCGCGACCCUCGAUUAAAAAGAAACCAGGGUUUUUUUUCUCAAGCCCUCUCCACUGAUGCCUUGCCGCCUGUUUCGAUUUCAAACAGGGCUUUGGUUCUCCAGAUCCCUGUCUCAGAGCUCUCGUUAGGUCGGUUAUUCUCAAAGGCGAGCCUUCCAAUGGCGAGAAGGGGGAGGAAGAGGGCGGUCGCGGAGUCUCCCCUGAAGCCGAAAACCAAUCAGGAGGCUGGGCCGAGCGAGAACAGGGCGGUGCAAUUCGCGGAGAGACAGCGUGGGUUCAAUAAUCGGGAAGUUGAACGUCGAAUUGCUGCAAUUCAAGCUAUUCGUGCAGCAGAGACUGAAAACUUGCUUUCUCGGUUGCGCUUGCUUCGCUCAUAUCUAAGCAAGGAACAGCUGGAAACUCCAGCAAUAACAUUUUUCCAGAAAAAUUUGCCCAACCUGUCAGUGAUAAGAAAUGAGAAGUACAAAGUUUUUGAGUUGCAAUGGAAUGACAACAACUGUUAUUUGCCUGGAAAUCAAGUUGAUGGUAGAAAUGUGCGUGCUUCACUUGAUAAUGUUGGUGGCCUUCAGUUUUCAGUAAACUCAGUGAAAAAGAACUUAUUAGAGGCUGCGAACCUGCAAAUUCCUGAUUUUAUUUUGAAUGAACCAUCAGAAAACCAGAUGCCUGGAACGAGAGACUUUUUACAAACUCCUGGGGCAACUAGCAACAGAUUAUCUUUUGGCAUGACUCCCAAAACUUUAAGGCUGCCAAAGAAUGGCGAGAUGCUCUUGUCUGUUCAUGGCUCACCACUAGGGGUGUACAAAGAAGAUAACUUAGCAGCCAUACACGAAUCUGGAGACGGGAGCCAUGAUGGUGCCUUCUGAUAUGAGAGGGUUUGCAUCUAUACUGGAGUUUGCGUGACAGAGUACCGGGCUCCUUAUCUGCUUUGUUGCUUUCUGACUUUGUUGGCUGCAUCCACACCCGCAGGGUGUGAACCGCUGUUGUACCAAAAAAAAAAAAGAAGUUUUAACUAUUGAAUCAGUAACCUCAUUGUUUGUGAAAUGUUGGAAAACAUUUUUAAGAUUCAUCUAAACUGUCUAUUUUGCCAAUUGUUGACCUUGGGUGCUAUGCAGCACAGGGGACAUGCUAUUGUUCAUGAAGCAUCAUUAUUGCAGUUGGCCA